AUGAAAAUUUCUGAACCUGGAAAUCAAUUGUUAGUGUCUGCUUCAAAUGAAAACACAAAUAAUAUACAAAAUGAAGAACUACUUCUUUCUAUUGAUGGAAUAUCAUCACCAGAAAUACAAGUAGAACUUGAAGCAGAAGCAUUAGACAACAAUGAAGGAGAAAAUCAAAAUGGAGAAGAUGAAGAGGCAGAAGACAAUGAAGAUGAAGGUGUUAUUCACAAUAAUAAAAGGAAGAAAACCUCCUUUGUCUGGCAACAUUUUAAAGAAGUGAAAUUGUCUAAUGGGAUUGUGAAGAAUCAAUGUGUUCAUUGCAAAAGAAAAUAUGCAGUAACUGACUCAAAAGCUACAAGUCAAUUGAAUAGGCAUUUGAAGAACAAUUGUCCUAGCUACAGAAAAAUGAUGUUGGCAAAACAAAAAAAAUUGAACUUUCCUCAAAGCAAUUCAGCAGAGCAUCCAAAUGUCAUUGGUCCUAUGUUAGUAACUCCUGGUGGAAAGUAUGAUCAUGCAAGACAAAGAGAAGCAACAUCACAUUGGUUAAUGAUGCACGAGCAUUCAUUCAGCAUUGUUGAAGAAUUUGGUUUUUUAUUGAUGAUGGAGUGCAAUAAUACAGCUUAUGAGAAGAUUGGUAGAAAAACGCUGAAAAGUGAUUGUCUCAAAGUAUAUGAAGCUGAAAAGAAGAAGUUAAAGGCAAGUUUAAAAGAUGUGAGUAAAAUCAGUUUAACUACUGAUUUGUGGAAAUCACAGAACCAGAAAAUUGAGUAUAUGGUUAUCACAGGUCAUUACGUUGCUACAAAUUGGGUACUGCAAAAACGAGUUCUUAGUUUUGUUCAUGUUCCUCCACCUCGACGUGGUGUUGAUAUUGCAGAUGUCAUUUUCAAAUGUCUUAUUGAAUGGGAUGGAUUGGGAGAAAUAGCAGGAACAAUUGAAAAUAUACGUGAAAGUGUGAAGUUUAUCAAUCAGUCUGAGGCAAGGUUGCGUACAUUCUCCGAUAUUGUUCAACAAUUGCAACUUCCUGGGAGAAAAUUGAUUCUUGACUGUCCUACACGAUGGAAUUCAACUUAUCAAAUGAUAUCUACAGCAUUGCACUUUAAGGAAGUCUUCCCUCGAUUCCAAGAUCGUGAGCCAAAUUAUAGAUAUCUUCCUAACCAUGAAGAAUGGGAAAAAGUUGAAAAAAUAGCUGAAGUUCUACAAGUGAUCAAUUGUGCAACCAAUAUCAUAUCUGGAAGUGAAUAUCCUACUGCCAACCUUUAUCUUGCUGAGGUAUUUCGCAUUAAAUUAAUUUUGGAUGAAGCUGUUAGUAGUGGACCUUUUUUCAUGAAGGAAAUGGCUGCCAAAAUGAAACUGAAGUUUGAUAAAUAUUGGAGUGAAUAUAUAUGGGCAAGAAGCUACAAGAAAUAUGACAUUGGUGCAUCAAAUCUUGACAGAAAUGUAUCAAGAGUAAAUCGUGGAAAAUAUAGGAUAUUAUCUAGAAUGGCAGCUGAUGUUCUUGCUAUUCCAAUCUCAACUGUGGCAUCAGAGUCAACUUUUAGUGCUGGUGGAAGGGUAAUUGAUACAUUUCGAUCCUCACUAAGUCCGACUACAGUUGAAGCUUUAAUUUGUGGAGGAGAUUGGCUUCGAGUUUUUUAUGGCCUAAGAAACAAGUCUAAGGUUGAAGAUAGCUCUGUGGAGAUUGCAUUACCAAUUUAA